AUGGAAGAGUACUACGCCCAGCGGGCGCGCAUCCCCGGCACGCUGCUGAUCAGCGAGAGCGUGUCCAUCUCACACGCGGUCCCGCGGGCGAUGACUAUGGAGGAGAUCCAGAAGACGGCGGGCGAGUUUGGGCGUGCGGCGAGGAACGCGAUGCGCGCCGGGUUCGAUGCGGUCGAAAUCCACGCCGCCAACGGAUACCUGAUCGAUCAGUUCCUGCAGGACACAGCGAAUGUCCGCACGGAUGCGUACGGCGGCAGCGUGGAGAACCGGGCGCGGUUCGCGCUGGAGGUGGUUCGCGCCGUGGUUGAGGCGAUCGGGGCGGACCGCACCGCGCUGCGACUGAGCCCCUGGAGCCGCGUGGCGGGGAUGGGCAUGCAGGAUCCCAUCCCGCAACUCACACAUCUCAUCCGGGAGGUCAACGCGCUGGGAAGACUGGCGUAUCUGCAUCUGACGGAGUCGCGCAUCCACGGCUUCACCGAUAUCGACGCCCCGGACGCCGAGACCCUGGACUUUGCCGUUGCCCUGUGGGACGGGCCGGUCCUGCUGGCGGGCGGGUACUCGGCCGACUCGGCGAGACAGGUCGUCGAUGGCAAAUUCCGCGAUAAAGAUGUCGUCGUCGUCUUUGGCCGCUAUUUCAUCUCCAAUCCGGACCUGCCCUUCCGGAUCAAGGCGGGUGUAGCCUUGACUCCCUAUCGCCGGGAGACCUUCUACACCCACUCCCGGGAGGGAUAUACUGACUAUGCCUUUAGUGGGGAAUUUCUCGCCGCGACACCUUGUGUUGCAUAG